AUGGACAGCGAGGGAUACAUGUACGUUCAUCCGCAUCACGGCUACUAUCCAAAAUACCUCGUAGACGUAAAAUGCAAGGUUGUAUUCCUGGAUAGAGGUCUAGGAAACAAGAGAGUAAGGAGCGGGAUAAAUUAUUUGAAUGAGGUUGCUGAAGUAGAGAUCAAAUUCCAUGCUGAACUCACACCUAGCAAUCAGCUGAAAUCGUACAACUAUCAUGCAUCAGAAACGUUGCCGAUCGCACCGCCAUUGCGACGUUAUGAAUCGCGAUCUAGUAGCGAUGAAGCUCCACCAAUUCCAGCAGUUCGUCAGAGCUUCAGAGAUGAAACGUCGCGUCCAACGUCACGAGUGUCUGCAUUUGAUUCAUAUGAUGGAACAUUAGAACGUACUGGAAGCAGUGUUGGACGAACGUCAACGACGAUGUCUAUGACAUCGCGACCAUCUCCAACCCCAAUGUCUAUGCGUCCGCCAUCAUCCACAAAUGGAUAUAUGGAAACCCUGGUAUAUCAAGAACAUGCCACAUCAGCGUACAGACGUGAAACUACCCCAUCAAGCCGUGAUCGUGAUAAGGAAACUGUCGAGUUCAUCUCGUGGGUAGAGGAUAACCAGUAUGGUCGACAAACGCCCAGUACGCAACCUGUAACACCCUCAUCACAAAACGAUACCGAUUCGCUGAAGAGCGAAAAGAAGCGCUUCUCCUUGUUUGGUAAACGUGGAUCGAAGUCUCAGAAGUGAGACCAUUCAGUGCUGAACGAAAAAUUUUCCUACCAUCGAAAGUAAUAGAGGUCACCUUAAUUCUGAGUUACUGUCACAUUACCACUUAAUGAAUGUCUCAUUAUGCCCAGACGCCUUUAAUGUACGACUUUCGAUUUGUUCAUUCGAUAUAUUGUUUUGUUGUCCCAGUUGAACCAUUCCAUAUGCUGCCUUAACUCUCUAUCUCUCACCUGAAAUUUUUUCUCUUUUGUACACAACGUUUUCAUUAGUUUCAGUCGUUAUAUUGCGUGUUUCUCUAGAGUUUUGUUUUCCCUUAAAGCGAUCAGAUUUAUAUGUGUAGCUCAAAAAAGCGUGUCUUGAGUGUGUACUGCUCCAUGCAUAUCACAUUUCUUUUCUCCAGUUCUAUCUUUCAUUUGAGUGUAGGUGAAGCUUGCUGUAACAGAGGCACAAAGCAUAACGUCUAGCCCGAUGAUGUUAUCGCUGAUCAAUGUGCGACUGUCUGCGAAGAAGUUUUUAAUAAUCGGAAU